AUGAAACGCCAAAUUUUAGGCAGUGUGGUCGGCCUGGUUGCCUCCUUUUCCGGCUUGGCAUCAUCAAAAUCAUUAUUACCAUCAACAUCAUUACAUGCCCGAGACGAUUCCUCGACUUGCCCGGAGCCUUCGUAUGUCGCGGACAAUGGCCUCGAGUUCGACACAAGCUGUGGAAUUGAUUUCCUCUUUACCGAACUCGCAGAACAGACGGAGCCAACCAUGGCUAAUUGCAUGGAUUCAUGUUCUGAGUACCAGCCUCCUUGCUAUGGCGUAACAUACUACACCCAAAACCAGACGUGUUCAUUCAAGGGAAUCGGCAUAAACUCGAGUUUUGCGAGCACAUCAGAUGCCGACAAUGUCGAUGUCAACAGCGCGCUCGCAAAUGUGACACAAAUGCUGCCAUUGGACACGGCUUGUCCGUUCCAAAACAACUCCAACAUCCCGACGGCUAAUGAGUUAUCUUUUCAUAUUCUCUGUGGUCAGGACAUGGGCGGCUAUGGCGACUAUUUGCCGUGGACGAUACUAAGUCGAGCACACACAGACACGAUGAUAGAUUGUAUGGACCUUUGCUCGCACGCGCAUCCGCUCUGUCUCGGAGUAUCCUGGAAUCCAGAUCUCACUGCUGGCUACGGAAACUGCUAUCUGAAAAACACACAAGACGGAGGGGUUCCCUUCACUCCGACUAACUAUGUAGCUCAUUCCGCACUUGUCACCAUGCCAAUAAUCGGCGCGUGCUCUCCUACCGCUCUACCGGCACAGAUUACAAGCGACAAAAAAGAAUUCGACGUGUCAUGUUUCGGAGCCCGAGCCGGAAGCAACAACUUCACAUCCGUCUAUAGCCAGAAUAUCACUGGGUGCAUCGAUCAAUGCGCAGCCUAUGGUGGACCAGAGUCGUGUAUUGGUGUCUAUUACGACAAUUCAUUUGUGGAUGGGUAUGAAAAUUGCUAUAUGUUGGACAACAUCGGCUCCGAGACUGUCCCUAAGAAUUCUACCUAUGCUGAGCUUGUUUCUGGGGACCCCUCGGGCUCGACCUCAACGCCAGUUACGUCUACAGUCCCAUCGCCAACAGCAAGCAGUACCAGCACCAGCACCAGCGCCAGCACCAGCAGCUCCGGAGGUUCAUCCAGCAAAGCGUGGAUCGCAGGGCCGGCUAUAGGCGGUGUCGCGGCUGUGGUUAUUGUUUUUGCAGGAUUUUUCUGGUGGCGAAGACGGCAAAUUGUACCAGACGAAAAGAAAUUCGCACCUAUUUAUCAAAGUUCGCAGGUGGACUCCCCGGGCCUACACGAGCUACCUCGUUAUCCGGUAAGCGAGAUGGACGCGAGGGAGUCAAGACAUGAACUACCGAGCUAA